CCAUAACAUGGCAUUAGAGACUGCAAAACUCAACCAGUCGAAUUUGUGAUCGUGAGCCGUGCGGCCGCACAAUUGUUUAAAUCUAAAAAAAAAAUAAUAAUCAAAGAACAAAAGUUGAACUGCCUUUUUUUCAAAAGGAAAAAGUUAUUCGUCCAUCACCCAAAAAAAAAAUUCAAUUCGGAUUUUUUUUUUUUUUUGUUAAAUCUUUUGCUCUGGAAAAAAAAAAAUUAUACGAUUUAAAUCAAAGUGUUUCAAAUCGAUUACCGGACAAGAGAAAAUGGUGAAAGCAAGAAUACCUGGGAGUUCGCAGGAAUUGUACACGGUAUCAGUGGAAUCUGUGCCGCAGUACGCGGGUGGGAACAGCAAAAGCGCCACUUGUUGCAAAGGCGGCCGAGUUGGUAAAGAUCUCCUGUGCGGAGUGUUGAUCGCCCUGGCCGUCAUCUGCGCUGCAGUCGCCAUCUUCCUCGUCGUCUUUUACGUCGUCAAUGGAGUGGACGACAGUCAGACGCAGACGUCGGAUGCCGAUCAGCAAAAUGGCACACUCGAUUCUUCACCUUUGACACGAGACAGAGAGGAAGAAAAGAAAAUCAACGCGUUAAAAGACAGUCACGAAUGGGACAGCAGCGAAACCAAAGAUCAGCUGUCACUUAGCAGCACCUCAUUACCUGACGUCGGCAUUCACGAACCUCAAUUUCACGUUAAGGGUGAAUCAAUCUAUCCGGCUUACGAACCAGUUGGAAAUCCUUCGUCCAGCACGACGGCCAUUCCCGUCCAGCCGGUGAAUAUCGACGCGAACAAAACCAAAGAAGAUGAGGCCAAUCCGCCCAUUGAUAUCGAAGCCAAUAGUCAAGAAAUUGAAGGUAAAGACGAGACGACCCUAUUCGUUCCCGAUGAUGACGUUAUCAUCGAGACGCCCGCAUCGGCAGCCAACACGGACGCUGCUUCCGGCCAAUUGCAAACCGAUCCAGCUCCGCCUGUCGUUUUACUCCCGGAAUCUACAACGACCAUCAGAUCAGUCCCAUCGACUAUCUCUACGACGGUGGCCAACGUCGACGUCAGUUCAGAGCGCGCGAAGGAAUCGACGACCACCGUUCCAGUUCCUCUUCCAGAUCCUGUUGUUAUCGCCGUACCGGAGCCGGAAACGAGCGGUUUCGUUCCCGUUCAAACGCAAGAGGAUCUUGAUUACGAACAGGAACAAUCGACCGACUCGCAAACGGAAACUCUUUCGAAAAUGGUGCCCGCUAAACCGGUAGACGCAAUUCCGGCCGUUGACACGGCGCCCUGGAAGCCCAUUGAUGGAAGCGUCGUUGUUCCUCCGGUCAAUAAGGAAGAUGGAGUUCAAGAUCGAUCUAUUGUCGAUGGAAAAUCACCGGCGGAUGCGCAGCAAUCGGUGGCAUCCGAUGAAAAGAAGAACCCCAUCGUUGUAGUGACGACUACGACUGUCAAGACGACGAGCACCGUUCCAUCCGUCAGCCAAUUGCCGGAAGAAGUCAGCCAAGUUCCAGUUGAAAUCGUGAAAUGGGAAGCACCGACGGAACUGGAAGAAGCAACUGAGUUCGCUCAAAUGCAAGAUCUGGGCAACAUGGCUCUACUGUUGCCGGAAGAUCGCGUCCGCACAACGAAACCGACCGUUCUUUCCACAUCCACCGAACAGUUUCCGUCCAUUGUUUCCCUGCAUUCCGUUCCGGCUUCUUCGCAAUGCAUCCGCCGUCAAUUGCCCUUCUGUCGCGGAGUUUUGCCUUACUCGGAAACGAUCCUUCCGAACUGGGUGGGUGACACGACGGAAUCCGAACGCAAUUUCAGCGUUCCUUAUUUUGAAAUCAUCGCCGAGUCCGAAUGCCAUCCUCGAGUGCAACAAUACGCUUGCGCCGUCCUGGAACCACCGUGCCGUGGUAGCGGAAUUAGUUUACCGCCAUGCCGUCAAUUCUGCCGCGCUAUUGCCGAAGAUUGUUCCAGUUACGUCCUGUCCGCUUUAACGUUGGCAUCGGUCCUGGAUUGCGAUCAAUUCCCACAGUCCAACGACCCGGAUGUCUGUUUAAAUCUAGCUUCAACAACUCCCGAAGGUGAAUGUUUGCCGAACGAAUACCGUUGCAGCAGCGACAAUACGUGUAUUCCCGAACGUUGGGUGUGCGACGGACGACAGGAUUGCAGCCAAGGGGACGACGAGUUCGCCUGCAGUCGAUGCCGCGAGGAAGAAUUCCGCUGUGAAAACGAGAACCGAUGCCUGCCGAAGAGGUGGAAGUGUGACGGAUCGCGUGACUGCGCCGAUGGCUCGGACGAACGCGAUUGCCCAGCCAAUCAAGAAUGCGGAGACGGCCAAUUCCGGUGCGGAGAUGGUCUUUCUUGCAUCCCUCUGCGACGGGUUUGCGACGGUUCCAAUCACUGCCGUGACAAUUCGGACGAAACCAACUGCACUUCCAUUGCGUGCCAAAUUGAGGACUUCAAGUGCAAUGACACCGGUGUCUGUAUCUCGAGGAAAUGGGUCUGUGAUGGAAAUGCGGAUUGCAAAGACGGAUCCGACGAAGCGCAGUGCGCCAGAGAAGCUGAACUCGACCUGGAAUCGGAUGUUUUGAUUGAAGAAAUGCAAGAUCAGCUGAUACCUGGAGGCAACGAGACGGUGCUCAAUCCGGACACAGCUUUCAAUCCCGACAAAUGCCCAUUGGGCGAGUUACUCUGCAUGUCGGGCUCGACGUGUAUCCGAUUCGAACAGCUGUGCGAUGGAACGCGAGAUUGCGCCGACGGAGCCGACGAAACGGACUGCGGCAAACCUUCCGCCAACUGAAUAACAAGGCGUUAAAUGAAACGAAUUCUCUCUUCCGCCUUUUGUUUCGGGUGUCUUCUUUGCUCUAACGACUUUUAUAUCCAAUCUAAUUCCAAGAUGGAAAAAAAAAAAACAAAUAUUCAUAAAAAUAUGAAAAAAUGGAAAUACGCCCUUGAUAAUGUUCCGUCCAAACAUUAAUGAUGCUUAUAUUUUCACAGUGAUUUUUUUUUUAAACCCUUGUACAUUUUUUUGUCUGAAUCGGGAAUGGGUAGGUGCCACAUUCCACUGUAUGACUUUUUUUUUUUUAUGUCCGAUCUCGUGACGAUGUUACUGUCGUCGACGACUUCGCAUUUCUUCUUUAUUAUAACAAAUUUAAUUUCUUUGUGUUUUGAAAUUUAACAUUCCAUUCGAUGGCACAAAAAAAAAAACGUAAUAAUCGCGCCAUCUAGACUUGUUUUUUUUUUCAUUAAUUUUAAUCAGGUGCUUUAAAAUUCUCCUCAAUAUUAUAUCGCAAUGUUCAAGAUGGACGCCGGUGUCCGCCUUAUAGACCACUCGAUGCAAACGUGACGUGCCCGUGUUUUUACGAAAUUUCCCCUUGUCGUUCACGAUUUCUAAUAUUUUUUUGUGUAUGUUUCAUUAAACCCUUUCGACUUGAAAACUUUUGUUAUUCACAAAAAAAAAAAGAAAACAUUCUUGGAUGUAUGUUUUACUGGACGAUGCCUGAAUUCUUUUUGCAUUUGAAAUAUUUGUUUGUUUGUUUUCGGAAAUGAGGCCAAGAAUUGUGUCCGACAAGUAAAACGAUCUAAUUGUGAAACUGUGAAUCGACCAGUUUAGUGACAAUAAAAAUAUUUAAAAAAACAA